AUGCUCGAUUCAUUUGAUUUUCUUAAAAUGACAAGAAUAAUUUAUGAUUUAAGUCAAUUUUAUUUUCUUUUACAUCAAACUUAUGCGCAAUUAAUCACGAAAGAUGAAUUCACAACAGUAAAUUUACAAGAAUUAUAUCAACGUGAUAGAAAAUAUUGGAAUUAUUCCGAUAAUUUUCAAAAUCAAAAUCAAAACGAUAAGCAUUUGUUAAUUAUUGAAAAUGGUAUUAAAGCUGUUAAUGCUUACCAUCAUUUUACAAAUGGUCUGAUUCGACCAGGUGCUUGCGAUGAAACGCAACGUUUUACAACAAUUACAAUGAAGACACCGAUUAGUUAUUUAGUUACAGGUGAUAGUCAUGAUGAAGGAGAUAUAGUCAUGCGUAUACUCAGGUAUAUUUAUGAAUAUUUUUCAUUAAAAGAACUUAUUCACAUAUUUUGAAGGAACACUUUUUGAUAGAUUAAAUCAGCAACAAGAUAUAGUCGAAACUACUUGAGUUGUUUUUUCGAUAGAAAUGUAAAGGACUUUAUUUCAAUCGUAUUUAGAAAGUUUUUUUUUACAAAACGUCGGCAGCGUACCUAAACUAUUAUCCAUUUCAAAAUAUAAAAGCCUUCACCAUUUUUUGAAUAACUUUUGAUAGGAGCAAGAUAGCGAGGUGCGGUUUUCGCCAUUAGAAAGAGAAGACUCAGGCGCAUCAAUACAUGCUAAAAUAUGAUUGGUUAGUAAUGGACC